UGUUGAUGUGUGUGUGACGCUGGAUUUGGUCUCAACAUGUCUGAAGUGAGUGGUGAUGGAGGGAAGUGGUUGGACGCUCACUACGACCCGGUGGCAGGUCUCUACACGUUCUCCUCAUGUGUGGACCUGGCAGACCUGAGCGGUGAUGGCGAGAGUCGGUUAGUGGUCGGAGACCUGGGAUCGGGCUUGUCUGGCAUGAAGCUGAAGGUGUUCCAGGGCACGGCGCUGCUCAGCGAGAGCACCCUGCUGGACCUGCCCACCGGCCUUGUCGCCUUCUUCAUGGAUCUGCAUGAACCACGAAUCCCGGCCGUGGCAGUUGCGUCUGGACCCUGCAUUUAUGUCUACAAGAACCUGAGGCCAUAUUUCAAGUUCACUCUGCCUGGGCUGGAGGUCAACCCUGUGGAGCAGGAUGUGUGGCAGCAGGUGAAGGAAGGUCAGAUCGAUCCACUGACCAUGAAGGAGAUGCUGGAGGGCAUCAGAAAGAAGGCGGACGUUCCCUUGUCUGUACGCUCCCUGCGGUUUCUCUCUUUAGAAACUGAUGAAAUGGAUGAGUUUGUCCAGUUACACAAACAACAGCCAAUCAAGCGUCAGACCGUCAUCACCUGUGUCGGGACGUUAAAGAAGAGCACCGCCGACGAGGACGGAGUCAGCUGUCUAGUCAUCGGGACGGAGAGCAGCAAUGUCUACGUCCUGGACCCUGAGGCCUUCAUCAUCCUGUCCAAGAUGUCCCUGCCAGCUCCUCCCACCAUGAUAGACGUGACGGGGCAGUUUGAUGUGGAGUUCCGCAUCACGGUGGCCUGUCGCAAUGGAAACAUCUACAUCCUGCGCAGGUGGGUCGUUUGCUCUGAUCCGAGUCAGAUCCAGGGUGGAGGUUCUUCACAUUCUCCCAUCUUUUCUUGUUUUCUUCUCUUUCUCAGGGACUCAGACAAACCAAAAUACAGCAUGGAACUCUCAUCUCACCCUGUCGGGCUGGUCAGAGUCGGGAAGAACGUGGUGGUGGGCUGCACGGAUGAAAGUCUGCAGGGCUUCACACAAAAGGGAAAGAAGCUUUGGAGGACCACCCUUCCUGCUCCAAUCAUCACCAUGGCUGCCAUGGACCUCCCCACACGAGGUUUCCAGGGUGUCCUGGUGGGCCUGGCUAAUUGUGAGGUUCAUCUGUACCGGGACAAGAACCUGCUGAGCAACAUUAAAACGCCUGAUGUGGUCACCAGCAUCUGCUUUGGCCGCUACGGACGUGAAGACGGUACACUGAUAAUGACCACCAAGGGCGGCGGUCUGAUGGUGAAGAUUUUAAAGAGGACAGCAAUUUUCGAUGACCGGGACGGCACGCCUGGUCCACCGCUGGCCCAAAGUGUCCGUCUCAAUGUGCCCAAAAAGACCAAGUUGUACGUGGACCAGACUCUACGCGAGAGGGAGAAUGGCGUGGCCAUGCAUCGCGCCUUCUAUAUGGACCUCAGCCGGAUGCGACUGGCCGCUGCCAAAGCCUACGUGAAGGCCCUGGAGUCCAGCCUGACUCCCAUGUCGUCCAGCUUGUCUGAGCCGCUCAAGAUGAACGCCGUGGUCCAAGGUCUGGGUCCGACCUUUAAACUGACCCUGAACAUGCAGAACACGGCGGCAUGUCGGCCCGUCAUGAACCUCGCCAUUAGCUUCCUGUAUGACGAGAACCUGUACCGGAUGAGAACCCCGUACCUGAGGAUCCCGCUGCUGGUACCUGGGCUCAUCUACCCUGUGGAGACCCUGGUAGAAUGCACCAGCGACAAGGGCAUCUCUGACAUCAUCAAAGUGUUUGUCCUGCACGAGGGAAAAGGCUGCCCCCUGCUGACUGCCCACAUCAACAUGCCAGUCAGCGAAGGACUGAUGCUCAACUGACAACAUCUCUGUGCAGGACUGAGACGUCGUGACUCAUCAGAGCUGGUUACAUAUUGAACUAGUGAUGUUACAUUUGUGUAAAGUCUUUAGACAAGAAUACAUUUGUCAAAAAAGUGUUUAUUUAUAAGAAUUUGUAGUAGAUUUAAUUUUACUCUUCCAUUUAUUAUUCUAGGAAAUAAAAUAUCAAAUUAUCAAAAAAUGUUUAGGUGGUUUUGUUUUUAGAGAAAUAACCUUUCUAAAGUGGAUGGGGGAAAAGUUCAGUUUUUGUUUUCUUUAGAAAAUCAAGCAAAAGACACAGCUAUUUAAUAAUACUGUGAAUCACACCCCCACUCCACCAGGCGUCGCCACAGGAAUAGUCUGCAUGGUGAUCUGCCAGAGAACAUUUUGGGACUUGAAGACAGAAUUCACUUCAUCAGGAGUCAGACAGUGGUUUCACCACCAUCUUAGAAUGUUCAGUUCAAAUCAUUAGAACUUGACA